CCUCUCAACUCGUUCUGCUCUGCAAUGGCUUCCUUCGACGAAGAAACCGCCAAGAAGUUGAUAACUCAGGUGGAGUUCUACUUCAGUGAUAGUAAUCUACCAAGAGACGGUUUCCUCCGCAAGGAAGUCUCCAAGAGCAAAGAUGGUCUGGUUAGUCUACCUCUGGUUUGUUCCUUCUCUCGUAUGAGGAACCUGCUUGGCCUCGGUAACACCAAACGCGAAGACAUCCCUGAGAGUAUCGUGGAGGAAGUAGCUAAUCUCUUGCGGUCUUCUGAUUUUCUUAAAGUUUCCGACAAUGGGCAAAGGAUCGGAAGAGGAACAAAACUCUCCAAGCCAGACAAGGUGCUUGAACAAGUACACAGAAGAACCAUUGCAGCUUCACCUUUUGAGUAUAGUAUAAAGAUGGAGGAUGUAGCAUCUUUCUUUUCCCAGUAUUCCAAGGUGAAUAGUGUGAGGCUACCUCACCAUGUCGGAGAUAAGCAAUACUUUUGUGGUACUGCUUUGGUUGAGUUAUCGUCUGAGCAAGAAGUUGAAGAUGUUUUGAAGCAGAGCUUGGUCUAUUCCGGUGCUGAUUUAGUAUUAGUACCAAAGAGUGAUUUUGACCUUCAAAGAGAAAAUAUGAUUAAGAAACUCGAAAAUUCAGGGUCAAGUCUUUCAGAUUCCUCCCACAACGAAUUCCACAGAGGUCAGCUUGUCAAGUUUACACUGAAAAGAAUAACCAAUGAAAAUAAAGAAAAUCCCAAGAAUAUGGAAAAUGAAACCAAAGGGAAGGAAGACAGUGCUGAGAAAAAGGAAAGAGGCGAUUUGGGGGCAGAUAAAUCAUGUGCUAGUUUGUGCACGGAAACUGAGGUUCUCAAGGAUGUUUUCCGAAGAUUUGGCAGCGUUAAGCACAUAGAGUUCUCUGGUGGAUCGGAUUCGGGUUACGUUUGUUUUAUAGAUUCAACAACAGCUAUGAAAGCCCGUGCUGCGGUGGAGUUUGUUGGAGGUGUAGUUGUUAAAAAUAAAUUCUCUGUUGCUUUAGAAGCAGUGAAUGGAGAGAUGGAGGAAGAGGUGCGGAAAAGACUAUCAUCUGGGGGAGGGGAAGAAGAAGAUGACAAGAUGGAGAAAAGCAAGGGCAAGUCCCCUGAAGCCACUCAACCGCACAAGAAGGCUCGAAAGGAGGGGUAGUUAAAGUUAUGCUGUACACUGUGCUUGAUGUUUGCUGUAUGCACCAAUGACAGAUAUAAUAUAAUUUUCUGAAGUUUAAUUACUCGUCUAUGAACAAUUUUGUUAGAUAAACUUUUUGGGAUCUGAUCGUUAACACAGUUAACACAGUUACCACAUUGUCUUAAGCGGCACAGUUUUAUGCUAUACUCGAA